UCAGGCGGCUGCAUUCGGGACCCUCCGGCCCGCACGAGGAGCGAACCGACUGACGUACUUUGCCCGCCCCCGCCUCAUCUCCCCCGGGGCUUCCUGGGCUCCCCCGGCUCACUCCUGGAGCGCCUUCUCUCCCCACCGCUCUUGUCGGCCCUUUCUCUCCCAAGCAUCUCAGGCGGCGGCGGCGGCGGCGGCGGCGGCGGCGGCCGAGACCCCAGCAGCAGCAGCGAGCGGCAGGAGCGGGCGGCCGAGAGGAUGAAGUGCAAGCCGAACCAGACGCGCACCUACGACCCGGAGGGGUUCAAGAAGCGGGCGGCGUGCCUUUGCUUCCGGAGCGAGCUCGAGGACGAGGUGCUGUUAGUGAGUAGCAGUCGGUACCCGGACCGCUGGAUCGUGCCGGGCGGGGGCAUGGAGCCCGAGGAGGAGCCGGGCGGUGCGGCAGUCCGAGAGGUGUACGAAGAGGCGGGAGUCAAGGGGAAGUUAGGCCGGCUCCUGGGCAUUUUCGAACAGAACCAAGACCGCAAGCACAGAACGUACGUGUACGUACUGACUGUCACUGAGAUUCUGGAGGAUUGGGAAGAUUCGGUUAGCAUUGGGAGGAAGCGAGAGUGGUUCAAAAUCGAAGAUGCGAUCAAGGUUCUCCAGUGCCACAAGCCCGUGCAUGCUGAAUAUCUGGAAAAACUAAAGCUGGGCGGUUCCCCGACCAAUGGAAACUCCGUGGCCCGGUCCCUGCCACAGAGCGAUCCCUAGUAUGUACCGCUCCUGCACAGACUUCUGCUUUCUGCCUACCUUAGAAUAAAUAGUGCCCGGAGCGCCUCUCAUUCCUUGUGCGGUCUCACGGGGAGGCGGGGGGCUUCUUUUGUUUCCUUGGCAGCCCUCCGAAUCACGCUUGCAGACCGUCUCGGUUGCCAGGCACUGUUUUCAGACAAUUUGCACGUUUUUCAGAUGCUUUGAAAAUCGCUGCUUGGUAGCACUGUAACAGAUUUCGGUAAUCCUAAACCACGUGGGUUUUUUGUUUUGUUUUGUUUUGUUUUUAGAGUGCCUUAACUGCUUGCCCAUCUCUUAGCUUGUGUUUUUGUGUAGAUGAACAGCAAAGAUUUUCAAGAUUGCUGUAAAAAUCUUUGAUAUGAAUCAUUGAUCAAUGGAUUUUCAAGUGGAGGUGAGCGAUUCCAUGUUUCCAAGGAGACAGCUCACCUGACUUUCCUUCUACAUCUUGGAACAUUCCUUACUUGUCUGUUCCACUGACUCUUCUUGCCCUGGUUGUUACUGUUGUACAUGAACAGACUCUUACUUUAACACCUGUAGCCUUUUGUUAUGCUUUUUUGAUAUGUCUGCCUUGGCCAUUAGACUGUGAUAUCCUUGAGAGCAAGGACCCUGUUUCUUUACUCUUUGCAUAUUCUGUAUAUGAAACACCACUGGAAAUAUGAUUGACAUCCGUGAAGGUUCUUUGAUUCAAUUUAUAUUUUGUAAUCACUAUGUGGCAAAACAUUCCCAUUUCAAUAUGGUGCUAGUAGAAUAUAUGCUGUCUAGGCACCAUAUAUGUGGCUUUUCUGUAUCAGGUGUUUCAGAAACUUUUGAAGGCAGUUGUAAGAUGUUCAAGAUGAGAAUUAUUACUCAUAUUUCUAUGUCAUACCACACAGUGGCUAACACCAUUUUGAGAUUACCCCAAUACAUAGGGCAAUAUUUUGUAGAAUCAGUCCUUUGUGUAACAACUUCAGUAUUUUUGUACUGUUGUUACUUUGCUGAAAUUUUAUUCAAAAAUAUCACUUGCUAUAAAACUAAUUAUAAAAUAAAUACAAUGAACACAAGAUAAUAUUGUGGAUUUUUAUAAAAAUAAAUUUUAAGAUGAUUUACAAAUGAUAUAUUUAAUGCUUUUGCAAUGCCCAAAGCACUUCUUUCAUGUAAUCUUAACUUCCCUUUGAAGAAGAUUGUUUUUUCUCAUUUUAUAAGUUCAGUGUACUGUAUUAUUUGAUGCCAGAGCCAACAAAAACUGCAGUACAGGCAGUUUCCAAAGUUAAUUACACCACUUACUUUGCCUAGGUUUCUUUUGCGUCUCUUACUGAUUCAGUUUGCCAAUUUUCAACCCCUUUUCCAACACACUCAGCUGACUUCUCUUUCCACCUGGUUUCUGCAUGUGAGAAUGUGAAGGACUGAGAGACAGCUAAAUUGUCACUUAGAAAAGGCGCUGAAGAAAAAAAACUUCUGUGAGUGGGGAAGAAACGACUUGGGUCAGCUGUCUCCAGAAGAACAACUUUAAGAAAAUGACAAAGAUGUUUAGAGAUAAUUUUAUGGAGUCUUGCCAUGGGGUUUGUAAUGUCAGCACUCUUACCCAGUUUCCUACAAAGGCCUCAGAGUGGCUUUAAUACAGUAGUUUUGUUUCCUUUGCAUUUAUAAAAGCAAUUGCAUCAGAAAAACCAUGAAUUCCAUUUUAGGUGUUACCCCCUUCCUCAUGGUACCGGUGAAAUGUAGUUACUGUUGUAUCAAUCCUUACAGAAUUUGAAACAACACAUCUCCCACUUUAUUGGGUUUUUUAAGAUGUGAUAUGGUACUAUGGUUAUGUUUUUUGAAAUCCUUAUCUUCUAGACAAAUGUACUGUUAAUUUUACAGAUGAAGUGAUAUGCUACUGGUAUUUGCUUCAAAAUAAUCUGAGGGUGGGGUAGGUGAGCAUACAGAUGAAAUAAGAUUGGUGAUAAAUUGAUAAUUUCUGAAGCCAUGUGACAGAUACUUGGGAGUUCAUUAUACUAUUCUCUGUACUUUUGUGUAUAUUUGAAA